AUGGCCUUCGGGCUUGGCAAAGAUGAUUCGCGUAGCGACAUGCAAAACGCCGACGCCGUUGUCACCUGGGUGGAUCGCAGCUCGGGCCAGGUGCACGCAAUAGACUACUUUCUGGGCGCCAAGCAGCAGUGCAAUCAAGCAGCAGCGGAGGCCGCGGCGCCAAUGGAGCCAUCCAACGCAGAUGAUUCUUCAGCGCAUCCGGCCAACCAGGAAAGCAGCGCACAGGUUUUCACUGGCAGCUGCCCGGAUAGUAAGCUAGCUGGCGGUGGCGACAGCCUGACUUUAUUGCACGGCGCUAUUGUCAAUGGCUAUUCCAUGGUCACCUUCAAGCGGCCCCAAUUGGGCAUUGACGAGCUCUACGACCAGCAUGUCUAUAGUGAUGGCCAACAAUCGGUGCUUUGGGCCAUUGGGACGCUCAACUCGAAGAAGGAGAUUGGAUAUCAUCGGCUCAAAACUCGCGCCAACAUGUUCAUCGACUUUGCAAGGAAUCCGCAAUGGAACUGUCCCAUACCGGAUCUCAAUGCUAGCAUGCACACGAGCCCUUCACACCUGCCCAUAACUUCAGCCUCGCAGGUGGAUCAAACGGUUGUUAAUUCGCCAGGAGUUGGAGUUGCAGGCGAGCGGAUGGAAUCAGGAUCCAUGGCGAUACCUUCAGCUGCGGCCGUUGAGAGCCAGCGAGUUUCCGGCGGCCAGCCGCAGGUGGCACCACCAGCGAGUCGCCUAGUGCCGGCACAGCUUAUGCCCAUGACGACAACGACAACUAGCGCGCGCCAGCAACCAGCAGCCAGCUCGCUGCUGCUGCCAGUGGAUCCAACAGGUUCCAGUAGUCGAACAGGCAGCCAACAGGCGGCCAGCACCAACUCGAAACCUGACCAAGCUGAUUCUUGGUUCAUACCCGCAAUCGUUUGCCCGCCGGAUCGCACCUUUUAUGCCCAGAUCGGGCCCACAGGCGGCCGCAAAGGCUACGAGGCGCUCACUGGCCGCACUAGCUGGGGCGUGUCGUGGUACGUCAACGGGCUCAUGAUUCCCGAGCUUGUUGUUGAGCGCGGCCAAGCUUAUCGCUUUGUGGUGGAGGGCGGAAGCGACAAAACGAGCACAACAAGACGCCAUCCGUUUUACCUGACCGACAGCGCCGAGGGUGGUUUCGAUUUCAAGACCGACGAUGAGCGCAUCAAGGAGCGCAUAUUUGGCGGAGUGGCGCUGCGCGGCGACGGCCAGUUUGUGCCCACCGCCGAGGGUCGUCUAUGCGAAUGGAAGCAAACCAACAACACGUUGCCCCAAUCCCGAUUUGUACAAUACAUUUGCAGCCUACCAGCGUUCGCUUAG